GAGGCCCCGUGCCCACGGAGGGCUCUGAUGGCCGUCCGCGCCGUGAUGGGUCUCCGAGGGGCCGGCUCUCCAAAUCACGGUCUCAUCCGCUAAAUGAAAGGCACAAGAAAGAGCCCCUCCAGACCCGGGGUUCUGGGAGGUGUUGCCUGUGCCCCGACUUUUUAGACUUGACUGUUAGAUCAACUACAGACCGAAUUCUGCCUGGGCUCUUCAUUGCCGUGUAACUUUCGAGAACCUCUCUCUGGACUCCAGCUGCUUCUCCUCUCCCACUGUGAACUUCCUCCAAGAACUGCCAAGCUAUCGGUCCAUCGCUCGAAGGAGAACGACCCUCCUUUCCCGAGACAAGCAAAGUGGCACAUUGCUGAACCCGGCAGACUCUUCCAGCUCCCAUCUGGAGGGAGAAAUCACUGAAAACUUCAACAGCCAAUCCAUUCGGAAGUAUGCGCUGAACAUUUCUGAGAAGCGGAGACUAAGGGCCAUUCAAGAGACCCAAAUGAAGUAUUUAUCGGAGUGGGACCAGUGGAAACAGUACAGCAGCAAGUCGUGGAAGAGGUUCUCGGAGAAGGCUCGUGAGGUGACCAGGCAUCUGGAGCUGUGGAGGGAGGACAUUCGCAGCAUAGAAGGGAAAUUUGGCACUGGGAUCCAGUCCUAUUUCUCCUUCUUGAGGUUCCUGGUGUUGCUGAAUUUGGUGAUAUUUCUGAUCAUCUUUGUGUUGGUUUUGCUCCCAGUUUUGCUCACCAGCUACAAAUUCACCAACAGCACCUUUGUGCUCAUUCCACUGAAAGACAUGGAUAUGCAAUGUACAAUACAUCCAGUAAGCACUUCUGGACUCAUCUACUUUUACAGUUAUAUCAUAGACCUGCUUUCUGGCAGUGGCUUCCUGGAGGAGACCAGUCUCUUUUAUGGACAUUACACCAUUGAUGGCAUAAAAUUUCAGAACUUCACCUAUGAUCUACCCCUGGCUUAUUUGAUAAGCACAAUUGCCUAUCUGGUCCUGAGCCUCCUUUGGAUAGUGAAAAGGUCAGUGGAAGGGUUUAAAGUCAACCUGAUUCGGAGUGAGGAGCACUUCCAGAGUUACUGCAACAAGAUCUUUGCUGGCUGGGACUUCUGCAUUACCAGCCGCAGCAUGGCUGACCUGAAGCACAGCAGCUUGCGGUACGAGCUCCGAGCAGAUCUGGAAGAAGAGAGAAUACGGCAGAAAAUAGCACAAAGGACCUCAGAGGAAACAAUACGGAUUUAUUCUCUGAGACUGUUUUUGAACUGCAUUGUUUUAGCUGUUUUAGCUGCAUGCUUUUAUGCAAUCUAUUUAGCAACCACCUUCUCACAAGGACACAUGAAAAAAGAAAUUGACAAGAUGGUUUUUGGAGAGAACCUGUUGAUACUGUACCUCCCGUCCAUUGUGAUCACAUUGGCCAAUUUUAUCACCCCGAUCAUCUUUGCCAAGAUCAUCCACUAUGAGGAUUACUCGCCAGGCUUUGAGAUCCGGCUGACAAUUCUUAGGUGCGUAUUUAUGCGGCUGGCCACCAUCUGUGUGCUGGUAUUCACGCUGGGCUCCGAGAUCACAUCCUGUGAUGACAACACAUGUGAACUCUGUGGCUACAACCAGAAGCUCUACCCGUGCUGGGAGACCCAGGUUGGGCAGGAAAUGUACAAGCUGAUGAUCUUCGACUUCAUCAUCAUCUUGGCUGUGACGCUCUUUGUGGAUUUCCCCAGAAAGCUCCUGGUGACCUACUGCUCCUCCUGGAAGCUGAUCCAGUGCUGGGGACAACAGGAGUUUGCCAUCCCAGAUAACGUGCUGGGGAUAGUGUAUGGGCAAACCAUUUGCUGGAUCGGAGCCUUUUUCUCACCCCUGCUCCCGGCAAUUGCGACCUUGAAGUUCAUUAUCAUCUUUUAUGUGAAGGAGUUGAGUCUUCUUUAUACCUGCAGACCUUCCCCACGGCAGUUCAGAGCGUCCAAUUCUAAUUUCUUCUUCCUGCUGGUGCUACUGAUCGGGCUGUGCUUGGCAAUUAUACCUCUGACAAUCAGCAUGUCCCGCAUCCCUUCCUCAAAAGCCUGUGGGCCAUUCACCAACUACAACACUACCUGGGAGGUCAUCCCCAAGACUGUGACCACCUUCCCCAGCUCACUGCAGUCUGUGAUUCAUGGCAUCACGUCAGAAGCGUUUGCUGUGCCUUUCUUCAUGAUCAUCUGCCUCAUCAUGUUCUACUUCAUUGCCCUGGCCGGAGCACACAAGCAAGUGGUCAUCCAGCUCCGAGAGCAGCUGUCUCUGGAAAGUCGUGACAAGCGCUAUCUAAUCCAGAAACUAACAGAAGCCCAGCAGGAUCUGAGGGACCAAUAGAUCGGGCAUGGAGGUGCUGCUGUCUGCUUCUCAGUUGGCCUCCUGACUGCUGAGCCUACAAAGUCUGCCUGGGUUCUGAGUGGAAAUUUUAAAAUGUAUUUUUCUGGAGUUUAAGCUUUCGUGAGAUGAAUUUCCUGUGCAUAGCUGUGGUGGCCAUGUUUGCAUAUCCACCUUUUAGUGACUUAGAAGUGCAGGUUGAAACCCGGGCCUUUACCUGUAGACUAAUAACUCAGUGAUAACUCUACCAAAACAGUAGCUGUUCAGGGUUUUACAACAAAAAUCAAGGAGAGGCUUUUAUAUGUUUUUAAAAGCUUGUUUUAUGUUGUCUUUCAAAGUUAACCCUAGGUCAUCUGUUCUCAAAACUGGGUUCUUUUUUUGAACCUGGUUCUAAGAGUUUAGUCUGAGGAGUUUUCCUUAAAAGCUGUGGCUCUCCUGAAUAACUCUAGUGACUUAAAAUGAAACCUGAAUUUUUUAAAUUAAGAGCAUUCUUGAAUCAUGAUGUCUGGAACAGGUGGUAAGAACAUGAAGCAGAUUGUCAUGUAAUUUUAGCUUACAUGGUAGUAGUAGGGGAAAAAAGUCGGUUCCUGCUGUGAAGAAGCAGUCCCUCAAUACCUUGAUUAACCUUCACAAAGAGGGGGGCUGCAGCAGGUUGGCGGCCUUGACUUCUUAGCUUUGUAGGCAUUUUGCCAUAGCUUUAUUUAUUACUCAGGGGAAAGCUGCCUUUAAUUACCCAUAAGCCUUCAGUUUCUGUCUGGUCUUCAGUUCUGAGACUUGGCAGAGAACCCUGCACUGUUGAAAUUAGGAGGCAGUCUCUCAGUCUUCCAGAUGCUGUUUCCCUUCCUGCACUGAGAUGUCCGUUUCUGAAGGACACACACAGCAUUUCAGAGCCAGGCUUCGAGGGCUGUUUAGUAUUGGAGCUAUGGGUUAUGUGCAUAAGUGUUUAGUGGUAUGGGUUACAGCUCAGCCUUUUCAUUAUACCAGCCUGUCACAUACACCAAGUUAGAUUGGUUGCUGGUUUCUUAAAUAUACAUUUCUGUAUUUUCAAAGGCUGUUGUUUGUUUUCCUGUACUUAAAAUUUUAAGUGCACAUGCCUUUAUUUUGCAAAACAUUACAAAAGCACAAUAUCUAAGAUUUCCGUUAAGAGUAAAAAAUAAAUGCAAUAAAUACCUCAUGAUAAGCAUACCUAAAUUUGACAGCAUGAACCUUUUCAUUGAAGCCUAAGUUAUUGCUUAAUGCAAUCCAUUUUCAUUUUAAUAUCUUUAAAAUCUUUGUCAAAGUAUUUUGUCAAGUUUUUUUCAUUGUUUUUCUUCCUUUCACUGGCUCCAAACCUUUGGUGGAAUUUAAAGUUGGAUGCAGCUUUAGAAAGCUACUGCUAAGAACAGUUCUGACCCACCCUCCCGCACUGCCCCAUUACUCUUAACAUGAUUUGCUCCUUGCCCUGGGAAGCAAAGAAGCUUGUCAUCUUAUACAUUUCUAGAUUCCUGAUCUUUUGUCACAAACAUGCACAUGUGCGUUUGUGCGUGCGUGCAUGUGUGCGUGCGUGCAUGUGUGCGCGUGUGCGUGUAUGUAGGAAGGCGGUGCUGGGGAUGGAACCCACGUCUUCAGUAUAUGCUUUUGUACCACUGGGCUACUCCCUGACCUCAACACAACCAUUUUCUCGCUCUUGUAUGAAGUACUAUUAACAUGGGAUAUAUCUGUACCUGUCAGACUGAUGUACUUUACAAUCUUUUCCUGUCUGGUUAAGGUUUAUGAAUUUCUAAAUGAUUUAAUAACUGGUAUCAUAAAAUUUGAGUAAUCCAAAGUCCAUUUCAUUCUCACUUAAAAAACAAAUUUUGGCAUUUCUGCCUAGCACUUUUGUAAUGUGGUUGCCUUCACCAUGCUCCUGAGGAGAGUCCAGGUUUCUGUUUGUGUGUUUGUGUGUUGUAUAAAAUAAAAGUAUAUUGCCAUGUUUUCUUUGCAUCAUAAAAUUGAUAGUGAAAUAUGCUAACUAGCAUAUUAGUUUUACUUAAGUGCUGCUAAUUUGCAUACCUUAUACUUGAAUUUUUAUAUGUUUUGAUAACUAAUAACUUCAAGUGAUGUCUGUAUAAUUUUUAAAGUGCAGCUGUCUAAUGUGUAUUAAAACUACUGAUUAAAUAA